CAAACAGCAGCCGGAGUGUUCCCAAGGCCAAAAUGCUGAGAAAGCCCAAGCCUGAUCUGCAUGAUGGUCGGUGUUCCUGGGUCCCCAGGCUCUCUCCCGGCACUGUCUGUCUCUGUCUCACAUUCGUGGGUCAGAUGGGCUUGCUGCAGGGACACCCCCAGUGCCUGGAUUAUGGGCCUCCCUUUCGGCCUCCCCUGCACCUUGAGUUUUGCUCCGACUAUGAGUCCUUUGGCUGCUGUGACCAGCGCAAGGACAACCGCAUCGCUGCUCGGUACUGGGACAUCAUGAACUAUCUCGAUCUGAAGGGCCACGAGCUGUGCGGAGGUUACAUUAAAGACAUCCUUUGCCAGGAGUGCUCGCCCUAUGCAGCCCACCUCUACGAUGCCGAGAACCCUCACACACCCCUCCGGAACCUUCCUGGGCUCUGCUUUGACUACUGCUCGGCAUUCCAUUCUGACUGUCACUCUGCCAUCUCCCUCCUCACCAAUGACCGAGGUCUCCGAGAGUCCCACAAAAAGGACGGUGCCCACUUCUGCCACCUCCUCAAUCUUCCGGACAAGGAUUACUGCUUCCCCAACGUCCUGAGGAAUGACCAUCUCAAUCGCAACCUGGGGGUGGUGGCCGAGGACCAUGAGGGCUGCCUGCAGCUCUGCCUGGCCGAGGUGGCCAAUGGGCUCAGGAACCCGGUCUCCAUGGUGCACGCCGGGGACGGCACCCAUCGCUUCUUUGUGGCCGAGCAGGUGGGAGUGGUGUGGGUGUACCUGCCUGACGGGAGUCGCCUGGAGCAACCUUUCCUGGAUCUCAAGAGCAUCGUACUGACCACUCCGUGGAUCGGGGAUGAGAGGGGCUUCUUGGGAUUGGCUUUUCACCCCAAAUUCCGUCGCAACAGAAAGUUCUAUAUUUAUUAUUCAUGCCUGGGCAAGAAGAAGGUAGAAAAGAUCCGGAUUAGUGAGAUGAAGGUUUCUCAGGCCGAUCCCAAUAAAGCUGACCCCAAAUCGGAGAGGGUCAUCUUGGAGAUAGAAGAACCAGCCUCAAAUCAUAAUGGUGGACAACUUCUUUUUGGUCUGGAUGGCUACAUGUACAUAUUCACUGGGGAUGGAGGGCAGGCUGGGGAUCCCUUUGGCAAAUUUGGAAAUGCUCAGAACAAAAGUUCCCUGCUKGGGAAAGUGUUAAGGAUUGAUGUGAACAGGGCAGGCUCUGACGGCAAGCGCUACCGAGUGCCCUUGGACAAUCCUUUUGUUUCUGAGCCAGGGGCCCACCCCGCCAUCUAUGCCUAUGGGAUCAGAAACAUGUGGCGCUGUGCUGUGGACCGAGGGGACCCCAUUACACGCCAGGGCCGAGGCCGGAUGUUCUGUGGGGACGUGGGCCAGAACAGGUUUGAAGAAGUUGACCUCAUUGUUAAAGGCGGGAACUAUGGAUGGAGGGCAAAGGAAGGGUUUGAGUGUUACGACAAAAAUCUUUGUCACAAUGCCUCUUUGGAUGACAUUCUGCCAAUCUAUGCUUAUGGCCAUGCAGUGGGGAAGUCCGUCACUGGGGGCUAUGUCUAUCGUGGAUGUGAAUCUCCAAAUCUCAAUGGCCUCUAUAUCUUUGGAGACUUCAUGAGUGGUCGACUUAUGGCUUUGCAGGAAGAUAGRAAAACCCAGAAAUGGAAGAAGAGAGACAUUUGCCUGGGGAGCACCUCGUCCUGUGCUUUCCCAGGGUUGAUCAGCACCUAUAGCAAGUUCAUCAUCUCCUUUGCUGAAGAUGAAGCAGGGGAGCUGUAUUUCCUGGCCACCUCUUACCCAAGUGCCUACGCGCCACAUGGAUCUAUUUACAAAUUUGUUGAUCCUUCAAGGCGAGCACCCCCAGGCAAGUGCAAAUAUAAGCCAUUGCCGGUGAAGAUCACCAGUAAGCAAAUCCAAUUCAGGCCACUUGCUGUGACAGUCUUGGACUUGCUAAAGGAGCAGUCGGAGAAAGCUGCUAGACAAUCAUCCAAUGCCACAUUAGCUUCUAGCUCACACCAGGCUUCAUCUCGGAGAGGCUUCUCCAAGAAGCCUGCUUCUCCCACAAGCAGUAAGAAGAUGUCACGAAGGCCUGGUGCAAAGAAGAAAGCCAGAGUGUGGUCCCCAGGCCCCCAGGGGAAGAGGAAGAAGAACCUACAAACCCACCAUGGUGGGAUGAAGCCAUCGGCAAAGCAGAGACCAUCAGGCAGAAAUCUCCCUUGA